GUACAUUAAUUCGUUAGUGUUUACACAAUAUCGAGAGGAUAUUAGCGACACGGGAACAUUCAGCAGAACAAAGUAUAUGCUAUUUCGCAUAAAAUUGCCAAACAGUUUUUCAAAUCUUUCGAGUUAUCUGUACUUCGAAUAGUUUCGCAAGUAAUGUAAUGACUUUUCAUUUCCAUAUUCUUGUUAUUCAGUCGUUUUAAUUCAGCAAGUCACGUUUUAUUAUAGCCCACGGUAUAAUCUCUGUAAAGCAAUUAAGCGACAUACUUAAACACAGGAAUGGGAGAAGCAAGGCGCGCCUCGGACUACUGAUUACGCCGUGUUUUGGACCUCAGACAGACAUGGACCUCAUUUUCAUCGACGUCCAGCCUUUACCAAACCGAAGUUCGGCGCCCUAGCAGCAGCGACCCACCCUUAACGACCCGCUGACCGCCGAGCUCCACAUCGUCGCCGUAAAGGAGGGGGAGACUGUCGUAAAGCAGACGGGCCGAUUAGUCAACAAGCCGUCAGCGGUGGCCGCUGGCUUUCGGAGGGCUGCGGGCCGAUGUGACGGACGCGACAUCAACCUGGUCUCUCCAGCGCCCUCGCCGUCUGUCCGGCCGUUUCCGUGAGGGAAAGUGGGGCGACGCGACGAGAUCCUCCCCCUUGCAAGGACGGAGCCGAACUGGCCGUUACGUCUGGGUGAAGUUUUCUGCCUCUUACUGGUCUUUCUGGUGAAACGCUGCCGACUUGUCGACACAGAGACAGAGAGUCUCGCUUCGGCUGGACCGGCCGCAGGACGCGGAGGAGCGGCUUGAUGCGCUGAAACCGAAGCCGAGCGGAGUGCGGGGCGCCCGGCAAUAACACCGGCCUGCCGGUCUGUCACCCGGGGAUAAAUAAUUCACGGCGGGGAACUUAACGCCGUCCAACGCAGGACCGCCUCCCCUCACCAAAAAGGAACAACAGCUUUUGUUUUUCUUAAGUCAAAAUAAAAAACCAUUUUGAAAAGCGGCCCGCCACGUCCCCUAGUCGCUGGCCGACCUGCGGGCCAUGAGGAGGGACCGCCGAGACAGGGGCGUCUCUGCUGCAGCUUCCACAAGCGGCCGGCGCUGACGAUCGGGCCGGGAUGGCCUCCAACGAGAGACUGUACGAGGUGUGGAUGCUCUACUGCAGCAAGAAAGACCCGGACCUGUUAAAACUGUGGCUGGAAAUCUUCAUCAGCUCCUAUGAAAAAUGCUUGGACGUGGAUUUCGAGAAGCCGCCCACGAGGCUGGAGGAGAUUCCCCCGGUGAUGUCGCUGCUGCCAGACAACAUUCUGCAGGUUCUCCGGCACCAGCUCCUGCAGUGCGUCCAGAAGGUGUCCGUCGGGCUGGAGCCCGAGCAGCAGGACCUGUCCCUACUGCUCGUCAAGUUCCUCAUCGUGGUGUGCAGGAACAUCUCCAAUGUGGAGGAGAUUGGCACCUGCUCCUAUAUCAACCACAUCAUCACCAUAACGACACUGUACAUACAGCAGCUGAAGACGAAGACGAAGGAGAAGGAGCUGGCUGAUCAGACGCCGGCCGAGGAGUUCGUGCGGCACGCCCUGGCCUUCUGCGAGAGCCUGUACGACCCCUACCACAACUGGCGGCACCGAAUCUGCGGGGAGCAGCUGAGCCCCGCGGAAACCAGCCGACAGAAGUACAAAGCUGCCCCGCUCACUGUGGAGUUUGUGCCCUUCUUCUAUCAGUGCUUCCAGGAAAGUGAGCACCUGAAGAACAGUCUGAAAUGCUGUUUGCUGCACCUCUUUGGGGCCAUUGUGGCUGGGGGACAGCGGAACGCGCUCCUGGCCAUCUCGCCUGCCACAAUGGAGGUGCUGCUGCGCGUGCUGGCGGACCACGAGGCCGCCGACGGCGACUCCUGGGACUCCGAGGCCCCUGAUCGCCGGGCCCUGCUGACGCUUGGCUGCCUGCGCGAGGUGGUGCAGCGGCUGCUCGCCAGCAGCUCCGACCAGCGGCAGGUGGAGAUUGCCGCCGUGUUGGAGAACUACUUCAAGCUGCUGAACUCUGACGCGGCGGCACUGCAGGCCAAAAGCGGCGGGCCGCAGCCUGCCCAGCCCUCCCCGCGCUCUCAGCCCUGGGAGGCGCGCUUUGUGGCCCUCCAAGUGUACAUGCUAGACACCAUCAGGGACAUGUUCCAGUGUUCGGACCGGCCCGUGCUGCAGGCCAUCUUCCUCAACAGCAACUGCUUCGAGCACCUCAUCCGUCUCCUGCAGAACAGCAAGCUGCUUAAUGCUAGAUGUAAGACAGCAGAGAAGAGCCAGAAAGAUUUAACCAACAGAUUACUGACAGGAGAGAGUGACCCCCAGGUGUUCCAGGGCCGGCUGGACACUCUGGCGGUGGCCACCAUCCAGACCCUGACGACGGUGAUGCACAAGUCCCCAGCUGCUAAGGAGGUGUUCAAGGAGCGCAUCGGCUACACUCACCUCUACGAGGUGCUGGUGUCCCAGGGCCAGCCGUCCCGGCACCUGCUGAAGGAGCUCAUGAAUAUGGCCGUGGAGGGUGAGCACACGUCCGUGGGCAUCCUGGGGAUCAGCAAUGUGCAGCCGCUGCUGUUGCUGGUUCAGUGGCUGCCGGAGCUACAGUCCCCGGAGCUGCAGAUCUUCACGGCUGACUGGCUGCGCCGGCUCUGCGGCCUUAACCGGCAGACGCGCGCCGUCUGCGUCAAUGCCGCCAUGGCCAUGCGCAUCCUGGACACACUGGGCCACCAUGCGCGACUGCACCGUGCCUGUGCCGAGAGCCUGGUGUCCCUGCUGGGGAUGCUGGGCAGCCAGUCCCUGAGCAGGGAGGAGCUUCUGCGGUUGCUCCGCCAAUUGCGCACGGGAGAUGCCCGCCAGCCACACCCCUACGUGGCGCCAGUUCUUAGGACCAUCCUGGGCAUGGUGCGCAAGCAGGGCUUGGAAAGCGCUAUGCAGUACUUCGACCUGUCGCCCAGCAUGGCGGGCAUCGCCGUGCCCACCAUCCAGCGCUGGCCUGGCUCCGCCUUCAGCUUCCUGGCCUGGCUGUCCUUGGACCAGGACCAGCAGGGGCCUAACAAGGGCGACAAGAGGAAGCAGCUCUACAGCUUUUUCACGUCCAGUGGCACCGGGUUCGAGGCCUUCAUAAGCACGGCCGGCGUGCUGGUGGUGGCCGUGUGCACCAAGAAGGAGUAUGUCACCGUCAUGCUUCCGGAGCACUGCUUCUGCGACUCUCUCUGGCACAGCAUUGCCGUGGUCCACAUGCCAGGAAAGCGGCCCUUUGGACAGAGCCUGGUUUACAUCUACGUGGACGGCCAGCAGAAGCUGUCAGCUCCCCUGAAGUACCCAACCAUGACAGAGCCCUUCACGUCCUGCUGCAUCGGCUCGGCAGGCCACAGGACCACCACGCCCCCCCCAUCCCAGAUCCCGGACCCCCCCUUUUCGGCAGCACCGGCGCCCAGCCGCUCCUCCAUGGGGGGCAUCCUGUCCCCGCAGGCCUGGGGGGGUCUGCUAGGCAGCAAGCCGGAGUCGGUGACCAAGCUGAUCUCGGCCGGGACACAGGACAGUGAGUGGGGCAGCCCCACCUCCCUGCAGGGGCAGCUAGGUGGUGUCAUGGUGUUCCACGAGCCCCUGCAGGCAGCCCAGGUCAGGGCCCUGUGUGGCUCAGGACCAAACUGCAUCUCUCCGCUGAAGAACGUGGAAUCUGAGCUGGGAGACCUGUCCUCCAGGCUUCUCCUGCACUACUCCCCCAAGGCGUGCCGCAGCCCCAUCUGCUUGGAUCUGUCCCCCAACUUGCUGCAUGGCCGGCUGACUGGCAACAACGUGGUGAACUGGGAUGUCAAGGACAUGAUUAACUGCGUCGGCGGCCUGCCCGUGCUCUUCCCGCUGCUGGAGCAGCUUUGCCUGCUGACGCCGGAGCCGCAGGCUGAGUCCGGGGGCCCCGAGUUCAUAACGCCGGAGCUGAGCACACCUGCAGACGGCGACUGGGUCAUCCUGCCCUCCAGCCGGGCUUCAGAAGCACGUCUGGAGAAAAACCUGGUGGCCACCUUCCUGCUGGUGAUCAAGCACUUCCUCCAGAGACACCCCAUCAACCAGGAGAGCCUGUUGCACUCCCACGGCGUGGCUACGCUCGGAGCCCUGCUUCAGAAGAUGCCCCAGGGCCUGGUGGAUGUGAAUGUUUUGGUGGCCGUGCAGCUCUUGGUGGAGCAGAUGACCGUGGAGAAGAACCCCCAGCUCCUUCAGCAGCUGCACACACACCUGCUGUUCAACUUCGGGAUAUGGAAUCAGGGAGAUUUCCCCCUGCGUAUCGGUCACAUCCAGUACAUGUCCACCAUCAUCAAGGACAACAGGAAACAGUUCAGAAAGAAGUACGGCGUGCAGUUUCUAUUGGACACCAUGCGUCUGUACUACGGGAACAGCAGCCCGGAGACCGACAUGAGCGAGGAUGACCUCCGCACUAUCCGGGCCUCGCUCUGCGGCCUCCUCAAGUACUACAUCAGCAAGGGCGUGGCCCAGGAGGAGCUGCAUAGCAUCCUGGGAUACAUCGCAGCCAUUGGGAAUGAGGAGCAGCUCUGCGAGAUGCUGGAGCUGCUGCUGAGCCUAUUGCAGACCAGCGUGGCGAGGGACCAGCUCUUUCUGCUGCUCUUUGAACCCGGGGCCGCAGACACGUGCUAUGCACUUAUCCUCAACAGCAAGUACUCAGACCGGCUACGCGAGCUGGUCUUCAAGCUCUUCCAGCGCAUGCUGAAAUGCGACCGCGUCUACGAGAAGAGCAAACAGAGGCUGAAGCUGCGGGAGGCUGGCUACUCAGGGCUGACGCUGCUCUUCUCUGAGCUGCAUGUCACCCCCACGCUCGUCCGGAGCCUGCUGGACCAGGUGCUCUCUGCGGACCCCGUGGUGAACUACAAGGAUCUGAUGGCGCUGGUCCAGCUGAGCCACCGGGCUGGGCUCAGUGUGCGUCUGCUUGUGUGCAAGAAGCUGUACCACCUCCUCCAGUCGCAGCAGGACGCCGCCCAGCAGAUUUCCAGGCAGCUCUGCUGGCAGGAGACACUGGCUAAGCUGUUCCUUCGUCCCUCGGGCCCCGAGAGCGCGGCGGGGCGUGGUGGGGGGGGCGACGGUAGCAGCAGUACGGGCAGUCUGGAUCUGAGCAGGGAUGGUGCCGGCCCCCUGGGGGACAGGAGAGACCCUGCAGAGAGCCGGGUGGAUGAGGAGAAGGAGGGCUUAGACAGCAUCGCCGACAGCCGCUCCCUGGACAGCCUGGAGAGCGGGGAGCCGGCACCCGCCAAGGCCUGGGCCGCCAAGGCCGGCGGACUCACCCUGGACUUGACGCACGUGCACCUGUAUGAGCACGGCGAUAGCGGCAGCCAGACCCCCGCUAGCAUGCCCAGCACGCCGUCGCCGCUGGAGAGUGCCAAGCCCUUCCCUGGGCUGGCAGCUGAGCGCGACGCCUCCUCGUCCCUCACCGAGGACAGCUUCCUGUUCAGCGAUGACCUGUCGCUCGGGGAAUCCUUCAGCGGCAUGGAGAGGACCGAGGAGGAACUGUGCCGCCUCCUGCUGGAGAUCAUGCUGUGUAUGAUGUGGCGCGGGGUGGAGUGCUCCGAUGAUGCAGCCUGGCUGGAGCGCGGUCAGGUCUUCUCUGCCCUCACCAAGCUGAGCACCUCCAAUGAGCUGCUGCUCCCUGUUGAUAACAUCAAGCUGAGCCUCCUGGAGAAGAUGCUGGAGUGGGCAGUGACCGAUAACCGGGAGGCGACGGCGGCCAUGUUGCCGCAGCACACGGAGAACGCUGUGCGGCUGCUGCACGUCCUGCAGGACUUCCUGCAGGCCGAGGGGCUGGUGAACCCGGCGCUGUGGACCGAGCGGCUGCUGGAGGAGGCCGUCACACUGAUGGACAGCCUGAUGGUGUGGUACUCCUCGGGGGCCCAGUGGCUGCAGCUGUGCCGCGUCGGCAUCCGCUUGCUCCUGGGCUUCAUGGCGCAGGACAACAUGCAGGUGUGUGCCAUGGCGACGGCCAAGCUGAAUGCCAUCCUGCAAACGAAAAGCGUGGAGACGCAGGACGAGGCCUGUUACCUGCUGGGCCGCUUGGAGGGCAUCCUGAGCCGCUCGGUGCGCGAGCAGACGGAGACCUACUCCUUCCUCAUCCCACUGCUGCGCACGCUGCUUUCCAAGAUCCACAAGUUGCUCUACAUGGAGCUGCACCUUCCCUCGCUGCCCGACACCAACGGCAGCCCGUCCUUUUUCGAGGACUUUCAGCUCUACUGCAGCUCGCCCGAGUGGAGGAUCUAUCUUGAUAAAUACAUCAUCCCCUACAUGAAGCAGUACGAGAUCGAGAUGUUCAGCCAGGGGCACGAAACCAUGGCGCUCUACUGGAAAGAAUGUUACGAGGCGUUCAUGGUGAACCUGCACCGGCGAGAGAGGGAGCGGGGGGAGAGCAAAAUCCGCUUUCAGGAGCAGUUCGUGGAGCCCUUCUCCCGACGCAGUCGGCAGGAGAACCUACGCUACAACAGCAUGCUGAAGCAACUGCACAGCCAGCAUGGCGCCAUCUUGAGGCAGUGGAAGGCAGCACGGCGGAACUUGGUCUGCGAGAGAGGCCCGUGGGCUGAGGAGCUGCAGGGCAAGAGGCACUGGAGGCUUUCCAGCGUGGAGAACUACUCCCGUAUGAGGCUCAAGCUGGUGCCCAACUACAGCUUCGACCCCCACCGUGAAGCCAGCGCUCUGAGGGACAACCUGGGCAUGCAGCAGCGGCAGACCAACGCAGAGUCUCUGCUGCUGGAGGCAGCAAAGCAGGUAAAGGUCAGCGACCUGGAGGAAGACAUGCUGGACAUGCCGGAGGACGACCCCAGCGGGGGGAACCCCAUGAGCGAGACGGAGGAGGCCACCCAGAGGGAGAAGAUGGUGCUGUCGGAGGAUUGUGAGCUGGUGACGGUGGUGGAUGUCAUCCCUGGGCGCCUGGAGGUCACCACCCAGCACAUCUACUUCUAUGACAGCAGCAUGGAGAAGGAGGAAGGAGUGGGCUACGACUUCAAGUGGCCGUUGUCACAGAUCCGAGAGAUUCACCUGCGCCGGUAUAACCUGAGGCGUUCUGCCCUAGAAGUCUUCCUCAUCGACCAGACAAACUACUUCCUCAACUUCAAGAAAGAGGUGCGGAACAAGGUCUAUAAUCGGAUUCUGCUUCUCCGCUCUUUCAACCUGUAUGGCACACGGUCGCCUCAGGAGCUGCUGAGAGCAUCGGGGCUCACUCAGAAAUGGGUGAACCGGGAAAUUUCCAACUUUGACUACCUCAUCCAGCUGAACACCAUCGCAGGCCGUACCUACAAUGAUUUGGCCCAGUAUCCUGUGUUUCCUUGGGUCUUAGCUGACUACACAUCUGAGGAGCUGGACCUCACAGACCCAAGGGUGUUCCGGGAUCUCUCCAAGCCCAUUGCCGUGGUCAACGAGAAGAAUGCCAAAGCCGUGAGGGAGAAGUAUGAAAGCUUUGAGGACCCCACGGGAACCAUAGACAAGUUCCACUAUGGCACACACUACUCCAACGCCGCUGGGGUCAUGCACUACUUGAUUCGGGUGGAGCCUUUCACUUCCUUGCACAUCCAGCUGCAGAGUGGCAGGUUUGACUGUGCCGACCGCCAGUUCCACUCCAUCCCAGCCACCUGGCAGGUGUUGAUGGACAAUCCCAACGACGUCAAGGAGCUCAUCCCAGAAUUCUUCUACUUCCCAGAGUUUCUGGAGAACCAAAAUAAUUUCGAUUUGGGUCGCCUGCAGAUAUCCAAAGAGAGCGUCAACGAUGUCAUCCUCCCCAAGUGGGCAAAGUCCCCCGAAGACUUCAUCUACAAGCACAGGAAGGCACUGGAGUCCGAGCACGUCUCGGCCCACCUGCACGAGUGGAUAGACCUGAUCUUCGGGUACAAGCAGAGGGGUCCGGCAGCUGUGGAGGCCCUCAACGUCUUCUACUACUGCACCUAUGAAGGUGCAGUGGAUCUGGACGCUAUAAUGGAUGAGAAGGAGCGCAAGGCCCUCGAGGGCAUGAUCAGCAACUUUGGACAGACGCCCUGCCAGCUGCUGAAGGAGCCACACCCCGUCCGCCUGUCCCUCGAGGAGGUUGAGAAGAGGAAAUCGAAGCUGGAUACCUGUCCGCUCAACAUGUUCGAGCAUCUGUCCGAGCUCAAAUCCUUUUUCGUGGAGGGUAUCUGUGACAAUGUCCCCCUAGUGAAGGCAGCUGUACCCAAAGACCAGUCCCACUCCUUCAUCUCUCAGGGCAGCCCUGACACCCUGGUGACUCUGAGCCAGACCUGUCUGAUGGGGAUGCACGGAUGGCUGCCUUAUGACAGGAACAUCUCCAACUACUUCACCUUCAUUAAGGACCCCAGCGUUUCCAACCCCAGGGCGCAGCGAUUCCUAGCCGGGCCCUUCUCCCCCGGUGUGGAGAUCACGGCUCAGCUUUUCGUGGUGUCGCACGACGGCAAGCUGCUCUUCAGCGGGGGCCACUGGGACAACAGCCUGCGGGUCACGUCCCUGACCAAAGGAAAGACUGUGAGCCAGCACAUCCGCCAUAUGGACAUUGUGACUUGCCUGGCAACAGACUACUGUGGCAUCCACUUGAUCUCGGGCUCCAAGGACACCACCUGCAUGGUGUGGCAGGUCCUCCAGCAGGGCGGAGCGCCGGUGGGACUGGGCCCCAAGCCCCUGCAGGUGCUGUACGGACACACUGACGAGGUGCUUAGUGUCAGCAUCAGUACCGAGUUGGACAUGGCCGUCUCAGGAUCGCGGGACGGCACCGUGAUCAUACACACCGUGCGGAGGGGCCAGUACAUGCGCUCGCUGCGCCCGCCCUGUGAGAGCUCACUGCCAGCCUCCAUCCUGCACCUGGCCGUGUCCUGGGAGGGACACCUGGUGGUCCAUUCCUGCAUCGAGGGCAAGGCCUCUUUAAAGGACAAGAAUGCACUGCACCUGUACUCCGUGAAUGGGAAGUACCUGUGCUCGGAGGGCCUGAAGGAGCAGGUGACGGACAUGUGUGUGUCCGCGGAGCACGUGGUGCUGGGGAGCGAGCAGGGCUUCCUGUCCAUCCGGGACCUCUACAGCCUCUCCCUCUGCAUGGCACCCAUGGCUAUGAGGGUGCCGGUUCACUGCGUCUCCGUCACCAAGGAGCAGAGCCACGUGCUGGUGGGCCUGCAGGACGGGAAGCUGAUCGUGGUGGGCGUGGGCAAGCCGGCAGAGAUGCGUUCUGGCCAAAUCACCCGCAAGCUUUGGGGAUCCAGUAAGCGCUUGACCCAGAUCUCUGCUGGGGAGACAGAGUACCACACCCGGGACCAGAACUGACCCUCCCCCUCCAGCCCACCAUCACUGCCCCCCCCCAUAUUUUGCUGGCAUUUGUCGUCCUUUAGCACUACUCAUCUGCAAUGUGAUUGGCCCAAGCCCCUGUCAAUCACUUGAAUUUUCAUCCAGCUGAAAUGUGGAUUUUGCCAUACUGGAUUUGCUGUCAGAUUAAUUUUACUAAGACAGAGUAUAUUUUGUGUGUGCACGUUUGUGCAUUGGUAAGUGUGUGUGUGUGUGUGUGUGUGUGUGUGUGUGUGUGUGUGUGUGUGUGUGUGUGUGUGUGUGUGUGUGUGUGUGUGUGUGUGUGUGUGUGUGUUCCAGCAGGAUCAGCCAGCGCUGGCGCUGAGGAGUGAUCUGUUCGUGUAGCUCACCGCCUUCCAAGCCCCAGGUCCCAUGUACCCCCCCUUCCCACCCAGCUAAUGUCCCAUUCCUCAGCGGGGGUCAUGCAGGUCACCCAGUCCGCUCUCGCUAAUGGCCGAUCUCAGGUAACUGAGCACCAUGCCGUCAGUGUGCUCUGCUUGUCCUAGAGGGGCCCUUUAAAGUGACGUUUGUUCAUACAUUUAUCAGCUUUCUUUAAGUGCUCUUUGUAAGUUUUGCAGUCUUGUGCCCUGUCAUCUCUGAGGGUGCAGUUGACGCUUUUGUGGCUUUUAUGCAAAGUGCCAGUCUGUUCAUGCUGAGUCACCAUCAUUGGCGUGCCCUCACCCCCCCACCCCUCCCUUGCUGCGUCGACUGACUUGUGGGUACAGAGUUGUGAAAGUAAACAUGGCAGGUAGCCCCAACUAAGCCAGGGUGCGGAGUGGAGUCUGUCUUCAUGGUGCCUGUCUGAGGGUCUGACCUUCAGUGACGAUGGUGGAGAUGUGAGGAUGGUUAAAUCACCAAUGGCCUAGCAUAGCUGCUAACAUCUCAUCUCUGUCCCGGGUUUGGUCCUCAAAGGGUGCUCACUCUGGUGUCACACCUCUCCCCAAUUAGCCUCCUGGUUACUGGUGGGAUGCAGUCUGUGUCCCGUCACUGCAGGAGGUGACUGAUGCUCAUGCUGCCAGUCUGCGUCGUCGCUUAUUUUCCUGUGUACUUGAGUGGAUGAUUGUUUUAAUUAUUGUUGCAUCUGAUUUUUUUUCUUAUAGACACUGAACUCAGUGUCUUAUCGAAAUCCAGCCUGACCCCAACUUUUUUUUUGUUAAUCUUUGUUAUGAAAUCGUUUUAUAUGCCAACAUGCUGAUGAACACAGACAUUUUUUAUAAUAUUUUGGUGGGAAGCCAGUUAAUGACACUUGUAUCCAUCUGGGGAAUAUUGUUUUUAGCUUGGGCACAACACCAGCAUGCGGGUUUCAUGAAUAGCAGUAGGAUUUAGGUUUUAAAAAACAAAGAAGAUUCCUCUUAUACAGCAGGUGGCACUAAUGGACCUACAAGUCUGGUCGAAUCUCAGAAUCUUGACAAGCAGUUACAGAACUUUUUCUUUUCUCUCUUUUUUUAAAUGAUAUCUUUAAAAAUUCCACUGUUAAACAAGGGCAGUGCCUUUUCUUGUUUUGGGUCACAUGACCUAAAGGAAGGUCACGUGCAGUUAUGCAAUUGAUGUCUCGCCAGCGAUCCCUCGUACACGACGCCAUUCCAUUACCGGGCUGCAGUUUCCAGAAGAACCAAAUGAAGAGCGAUUUCUCUCGGAAGUGUUGAACAAAAUCCGGCGGAUCGUAAUUCUAGCUGCUUCAUUUUGCAAUUCCUCAAAUUUGAUGGGUGUAUAUGUGUGGGUAACUAUUUAUAAAUAUGGUAUAUAAAUAAUGUACAGCGUGGUUUUUAUUUUGGUGUUUUGAAAUGUUUUUUUUUUUUUUUUUUUUGCACUUUCCAGGUACAACAGAUUGUAAUUGUUUUUAAUGUUCCCUUGUCUGUAAGGACAAACUGCUCUAUUAAAUGAGAAGUGAGACAGCAAUCAUUAAAUUAAAGGAGAAAACCCUCUGA